UUCUUGUAGUCUGGGGUUGAUUUUUGUCUGUUGGUUUAUCUAAAUCUCUUGUAAGGAUGAACAAUAAUAUCCUUCUACUUUCUACCAUAUAAAUUAAACUCAAUGACCAAAUGUGGCUGUAUUUCCUGCCACACCAGUCGACUAGCUUUCAUUGUGCUCGUCCCAUAGACUACGCUCACUGCGUUACCUCCAUCUCCAAUCAUCGCUGUCCCUUUAAUUGUCCCCGCCGCCGUGGGAGAGAGUUUGCGCGUGCUUGUGGCGGACAGCAGGAGAGGUCGACAGAAUGCUGGGACUGUGGAGCUCGCGCAAUGGACUUGGACACGAGCUGGGCUUUCCGGUGAUGGAGAAGGACCGGUGUGUUGACGGUAUCCAUGGUACCCUCCAGUGUUGCAGUGAGCUCCAGAAUAGUGACCAGCCUGUGUGAGAGAUCAGCAGCCUGCUGUGUUGGAACUGUCUCCAACCACCAGUGACAGAGAUGAAUGGCAGUGAGUAAGACAAAUCCUAGUCCAAAAACAUAAGGAUCCCCGAGGACAAGAAAGACGGCACCUCGUUAGACACUUCUUUUUAUUUCUGACCAUGUAGCUGCCAUGUUUCCACAUUAGAAUCCAGCCGUCAUCAGAGCAGGAUGCAUGACAGUGCCAGGAGCACUGGGCAUGGAGAGGGCAGCUCCGCACGAUCAACUAAGUUACAGAAGAACCCAAAACAGGGGUACCGUAAACUGGGCGUGGCUAGUGGGUCAGGGUCAAAGUCGGCCGGGACAGGGUCAGGGGGUAAAACCUUGUCUAUGGAGAACAUCCAGUCCCUGAACGCAGCCUACGCCACCUCCGGCCCCAUGUACUUAAGUGACCGCGAUGCCUUGGCCUCCUCUGGUGGCUACCCUAAAGGAACCAUGACUCUGGGCCGAGCCACCAGCAGGACCUCCUACACGGGCCGGACCACAGCCAUGGGCAGCAGCCCCAACAUCACUACCACAUCAGACAGCCAGGGCUAUGGGGACCAGAGCCACACCCAACACCUUCAGGCAGGGGGGCCCUCAGGGCUGCUGAGGCAGGCUGGACGGGGUGGAGAAGGAGGGGGAGAGGACAUCCAGGCUCAGCUCAGGGAGCUGCAGAGAGAGAAUGAACUGCUGAGAAGAGAGAUGGACGGAGGGAGGGAUGGGAGAGAAGAGAGAAUGAGCUCUUCUGUCAACAGUAGAAAGAACUUCUGGAGCCCGGAGGUGAAAAGUCGAGACAGAGGGAUGAGGAAAGAGGAGGGAGCCCUUACAUCCAUCCUGAAGGAACAGAAGUGGGCCUCUCCAGAGGAGGACCAGCACCUCAAGUUGUCAGUGCAUGGGCUACAGGAAGAGCUGAGAAGUCAUAGAGAGAUGAACAGUCGUCUGCAGCAAGAGAACUCGGGAUCUCACACAAACAUCUCCACUCACACCGGCUCGAACCGAGAACUCCAUAUUGAGGACCACCGGGCUGGCAUCAGCCCUGGACACAGUCCUGGUCUGGGCCCCAGUCACCUCCACAGCCCUGGGCAAAGACAUAGCCCCGGCCCUGGUCUAGGAGUCAGCCCCAGACACAGCCCCAGUAACACCUACAACCAUGGGCCCAGAAACAGCCCUGUCCAUCCCCAUAGCCCUGGGUACAGCUCCAACGUCAGACACCACCAAGCUGACAUCCACAGCCCUGGGUACAACUCUGGGCCUGGCCCCAGACACAGCCCUGCUAACACUCUCAUCCCCUUGUCUAGAAAGAGCCCCAGCCACCUCAUCCACAGCCCUGGCCGUUGCCUCAGCCCUCCCAGCAGCCCAUGCAUGGUCCCUGGGUGCGAUGGCUUCUCCUCUCCCCCUCCCCUGGAUCUGACGGAGGAGAACUUCAGCCGGCUGCAGUCAGAUCAUGAACGGCAGGGCAAGGAGCUGUACCUGCUGAGGAAGACCCUGGAAGAGAUGGAGCUGAGGAUUGACUCCCAGAAACAGACGCUGGGGGCCAGGGACCAGUCCAUCCAGAGGCUGCUGGAGAUGAUCCAGGGAGGGAGGGGUCAGAGAGGCGAGAGGUCAGAGAUAAUCACCAUGGCAACAGCACGCGAGGAGGCGGAGUACCAGGUGUGUCAUCUGGAGGAGCAGCUGGACCAGAGGGAGAAAGAGAACCUGCAUCUGAGAGAGGAGCUGCACAGGAGGAGCCAGCAGGACCCUACCAAGACUAAGGCCCUGCAGACUGUCAUUGAUAUGAAGGUAGACCAGCAGAAGCAGGAGCUGAAUAAGAAGGAAUCAGAGAUGCAGGCCCUACAGACCAAACUGGAUGCUCUUACCAACCAGAACUCAGACUGCAAACAGCACAUAGAGGUGCUCAAGGAAUCACUCAGCGCCAAGGAGCAACGCUCUACCACACUGCAGACCGAGGUGGAUGCGUUGCGUGUACGUCUGGAAGAGAAGGAGUCCUUCCUCAGUAUGAAGACCCAGCAGCUCCAGGACCUGACGGAGGAGAAGGACACGCUGGCCGGAGAGAUCCGGGACAUGAAGGAUAUGCUGGAUGUUAAGGAGAGGAAGGUCAACAUCCUGCAGAAGAAGAUAGAGAAUCUUUUGGAGCAGUUAAAGGACAAAGACAAGCAGCUGGCGGGUCUGAGAGACAGAGUCAAGGGUCUCCAGACUGACUCCAGCAACACAGACACAGCACUGACCACGCUGGAGGAGGCCCUGUCUGAAAAGGAGCGAGUGAUUGAGCAUUUGCGUGAGCAGAAGGAGCGGGAGGACAGGGCACGGCUGGAGGAGGUGGAAAGGAUGAGGAAGGAGAACCAGGACCUGAAGGAUAGACUCUCCAUCCUGACGACACACACACCUGGGUCCCAGAAUACGGAGGAGUCAACCAGGAAGCUGUUAGAGGUCAGCGACAGGAUCAAGCUGCUGGAGGAGGAAGUGACGCGCUACCGAGAAGAGUCUGGGAAGUCCCAGGCCGAGGUGGAGAGGCUCAUGGGUAUCCUGAGAGAGCAAGAGACGGAAAGAACCAACAAGGAGAAGAAGAUCACUGAGCUGGAGAGGCAAGUGAAGUGUCCAAACAUCCUUAAACAGAUGGUUUCAGGGGAGAGGAGGCCAGAUGGACUGACAGACGGACAUCCACACUCCAUCUCACAGGGGGCCAUGCGUGAGACAGCUGAGCGAAUCAGAGAGCUGGAGCGAGCGCUGAGCGAGAGCACGAACACCACCGCCCACAGGGAGGCACUGUGGGCCCAGGAGGAGGCUGUACGCAUGCAAGCACAAAGACAGCUGGAGGAGAUGAUGAACGCCCUGGAGAAGACCAGACAGGAGCUGGACACCACCAAGCAGCGCCUCUCCACUACCCAGCACUCCUUGCAGGAGCGGGACGGUCACCUGACCAAUCUGAGGCUGGAGAGACGCAAACAGCUGGAGGAGAUAUUGGAGAUGAAGCAGCAGGCUCUUCUAGCUGCGAUCAGUGAGAAGGAUGCUAACAUAGCUUUACUGGAACUGUCCUCCUCUAAACGUAAGAAAUCACAGGAUGAGGUGAUGUCACUGAAGAGAGAGAAGGACAGGCUCAUGCACCAGCUCAAACAACAGACCCAGAGUAGGAUGAAGCUCAUAGCAGACAACUAUGAUGAAGAACAUCUACACCCUCAUCAUCCUCACCAUCCUCACCACCCCCACCCGGGGGUACACCCGGCUCACCAGGCACACCCUGCUCACCCACACCACCGGACCCCUGCAAGAGGGCCACCCCACGCCAACCACAGAGCCCCAAUGGACCAGGACGAUGAGGAGGGCAUCUGGGCAUGACCGUCGCCAUGGGAACUGAAGCUCCAAUCAUGAGAGCUGCUGGAGAGCCGGGUUUUGAACCAAACACACACUCCUGUUCAUCCUGGUGGAGCAGCUCUACUGAUCCGGGGGCCAGACUGACUGCAGCAGAGUCCCAGGGUCCUGCCCACCUGCCAUGGUUGAAGACAAUCCUUUUCCCACCUUCCAUUGCAGAGAUGCUCUCUUUCCUCCGAGUGUUUGACAAUCAGAGAGUAGAGACUCGUAAAGUCCCAUGAGCUCCGAGGCGCCGUUGGACAUGUAACCCUGACUGUUAUACACUGUACUUAUGAACUACGGCUUUAACUCUCCAACAGUCAAUCAAUCAUCUCACUGCCCCUGCCAGGUUCACUGACUGACUGAUAAAUCCUUGACAACAAACUAGUCAGCCUAAAAACGAGAAUGACCAAUCAGAAAGGACCAUUAAGAGUGACCAAACAUAAUUUGUUUAGUGUGUUAUUUUUUUUUAGAUUGUUUGUGAGCCCUUGAAAGACUAUGGGAGAGAGCAAAUCCUGUUGUGGGUUUGUUUACGUAGCCACAUACGGAUAGCAUUAGCAUGGUCCACAACAUGGACCUCAGAUCCACAUGGACCUUCUCAAUGUACCGUGCCAAAGGAACCACUCCCUGUCAGCAGAGAGACACUGAGAGGGGAACCGGGUUCCAAUUACUCUAGAACCCUCAAAGAGAACCCAGAGAAGUGUUCUGUGUAUGCUACCUUUCUCUGAAUGUUCUUAAGUCUGGAAACACUCCUGUCAUCCUAUCACUGGACAGCUCUCUUGGUUGACAGUGCUCCAGGUAGACGAUGUCCAUAGGAACUGAUCUAGGAUCAGUGCCCUUUCUAAAUCCUUAACUAUCAAGUGGGUAAACAAAACUGACCUCAGACCAGUGUCUAGGGGCAACUUCGUCCCUCUCCGGGUGAAGGGUAUAAACUGACCAAACAAAACCCUCUGAGGAAAUCUGAACUAUGAUCUGUUUAGAGUUUUUUUUUUUCUCUUGUGUUUUUCUCUCCCUGCUGUACUUUGUUUGACUAACGAGUAUCAUGUUGUGUUUGUUUUUCUACAUCUGAAACAGAUUGAGUACUGUUCUCUUUGAGGUUUGUAUCAGUUGUGUGUUUCUGCUUGUGGGUGAUGUUUUAUUUAGUAGUUUAUUUAUUGAGUAGUUUAAUUGCAACAUGCAUUGGAGUGGCUGUUUUUAGGUAUCCAUGUUGAAGUCAGCACUCUCCAAUCAUCAUUUUGGAAUCAGAGAUUGAGGAGUGCUGCUUUAAGGGGCGAGUUGUCUGUACAUAUCAGUUUACCAGUGAGGAUGUCGUGGUGUUUGAAGGUGACAUGAUGCAACAUGAUCUCCGUUCUACUGAAC